AUGAAGGGCUUCCUCUUCCUCCUACUCGCCAUCAGUCUCCUGGUUAUGACUCAGAUAGAAACUGGAGUCCUGGGAAACGCUACCACCACCAUCACUACCAGGAAACCCAAGAGUGCGACCCCAGCACUCAGCAGCCUGGGUGGUGGCAGUGUCCUCCUCUUCCUGGCCAACAUCCUCAUCCAGCUCUUCUCUCUCAGCUGA